UUCAGUCUUACUACCACAAAAGGGGUCUUGACAAACAUUGUAAUUUAAGGUGAACAACAAUCAAUAAUAAAUUCGUAAGAUCUACGGAAGAAGUCUCAUCGUAAAUAGAAACUUAGUUUCGGUUCCUAGUUCAUUGUUUCUUUCCGGAUCCAUAACAAAGUGACACAGUCUUUGCUUUGGUGGAGGGAAAAGAAGAAAAAAUGGCAGGCUCAAAAACAGCUGUGGUGCUGUGCAUGGAUGUGGGGCUUACCAUGUCCAACUCUGCACCCGGGGAAGAGUCUUCCUUUGAACUUGCCAAAAAAGUCAUCCAGAAGUUUGUCCAGCGCCAGGUUUUUUCAGAGACGAAGAUUGAGCUGGCUUUGGUCCUGUUUGGCACAGACUCCACAAACAACCCUCUGAGCCAGGAUGGCCAGUACCAGAACAUCAGAGUACAUCGACACCUUAUGAUCCCUGAUUGUGAACUACUGAUAGAGAUUGAAAAUCAGGUCCAACCAGAGAGUCAGCAGGGUGACUGGCUGGAUGCUCUUGUAGUUUGCAUGGAUCUUCUUCAUACUGAAACAAAGGGGAAAAAGUAUGAUUGUCUCAACAUUGCCCUGCUGACUGACCUCAACACCCAGACCAACGAAGAAAGCCUGGAGGUUAUCAUCAAGAACCUCACUCAGUCUGGCAUCACCGUGCAGUUCUUUUUGCCUUUCCCUGUGGAAGAGGAUAAGGAGGGUCAAGGGGAUUCAGAAAGAAGAGAUCCCGGUCACCCGGGGACAGGCAAAGGUCUGUCCAGGGAGCAGAAGAAAAACAAGGAAUUGGUGAAAGAGAUGAUGCUGAGCCUGGAUGUGGAGGAUGGCCUGGAUGAAAUUCACACCUUCAGGAAUGCGAUCGAGGAGCUGUGCAUGUUCAAGCGGGUGGAGAGGCGACCCGUUUCCUGGCCCUGUCAGCUGACCAUAGGCAGCUCUCUCUCCAUCCGAAUAGUUGGCUACAAAGCAGUGACUGAUGAGAAGCUGAAGAAAAUGUGGAUUACAGUUGAUGCUCAAUCUCACCAGAAAGAUGAUGUGAAGAGAGAAACGGUUUACUGCCUGGACGAUGACAAUGAGACAGAGGUGAUCUUUUAAGUUCACUUUUUUCUGCUCCCAGGUUUUCGUUAUGGAAGUGACAUUGUUCCCUUCUCCAAGGUCGAUCAAGAACAGAUGAAGUACAAGCACGAUGGGAAGUGCUUCGCUGUGCUGGGAUUCACCAAACAGACCACGAUACGUCGUAAUCAGUUUAUGGGUUCUCAAAUCAUCAAAAUCUUUGCUGCGAGGGAUGAUGAGCAUGCAGGAGUGGCUCUGUCGGCUCUUAUCCGCGCGCUGAAUGAACUCCAGAUGGUGGCUAUUGUACGUUACGCUUUUAACCGCAUCAGCAACCCUCAGGUGGGCGCAGCGUUCCCAUGUAUCAAGCAGGACUCUGAGUGCCUGAUGUACAUCCAGCUGCCGUUCAUGGAAGACCUCAGACAGUUCACGUUUCCUUCUCUUGAAAACAAAAAGUUUACUCCAUCAGAUGCUCAGCUGUCUGCUGUGGACUCUCUGAUUGACUCCAUGAUGUUGGUAGAAGAAGAUGAGAACGGAGAACAAAGAGACUUGUUCAAGCCCCAUCGCAUUCCCAACCCUGCCUUCCAGAGGCACUUCCAGUGUCUGCACCAUCGGGCAGUAAGCCCCGGUACCCCUCUUCCUCCGAUAGAGCCAUGGCUGAAAGCUGCUCUUGAUCGUCCUGAGGUUAUUACAGAACGCUGCCAAGAUCCACUUGACGUGCUGAAGAGGAAAUUUACUCUCACUGAAGUGGAGAAGAAAAAGAAGCUUAAAACUAGUGCUCAGAUUUUUGGCAAAGAGUCAGAGGAGUCCGAGGCAAAGAAAGUAAAAGAAGACGAAGCAGAGGAGGAGUAUAACUUGGCCGACAUUGCUGAAGGCUCUGUUACCUCGGUGGGAAGUGUUGACCCAGCUCGAGACUUCCGCGCUUUGAUCAAACAGAAAAUUCUUCCGUUCGGAGAAGUCUGCCAGCAGCUGACUCACAGGAUAGAGCAGUUGCUAAGCAACAAGAACACACAGUACUACAUGAAAAGCAUCACCUGUAUCCAGGCUUUCAGAGAGCAAUCCGUUAAGCUGGGAAAUGCUGAACACUACAAUAGCUACCUUCAGUCCCUGAAAGGAAGCAUCCCAAACAGAGGACUAGAGGUGUUCUGGGAACUGCUCGUUCAAGAUGGUUUAACGCUGAUCAGCAAGGAUGAGGUGGAAGGAAGCUUGGUCUCCAAAGCCGAAGCUAAUCAGUUUCUGGUUGCUGAGGAGAAGAAAGAGGAGGCAGCUCCUGCACCAGUUGAAGAUACUGGAGAUGUUGAUGACUUGCUGGAUAUGAUGUAAAGGGAAAAAAAGAUGGAAGAGGAGUGUUUGCGGUGGACUCCAGAGAAAUUAAAAGAAUGCACGCUCUCAGUCCAGCCAGACCAAACCAGUUCAGCCGUCCAUUGUUCCUUCACUCCCACUUGGAGUCCUGCCAUACUUAAUGGAUCAACUGUGGUUUACACAUGCUGUCUAAAAGUACUUCACUUUAGAAAUUACAAAAAAUAUUCUGCAUACUUCAGGCAAAGGCUUUCUGUGUUUUGUUUGAGAUUUUAAAAAUUACUGCAGUUCUUGUGAGUCUUAAGGUGGUACCUAUGUAGUAAUUAUGGCUACAGUAUGCACUGAAAAAUAAAGAAACCCUUAUAGACUUUACAGAAGACAGAAAUGCAGUGCCCAACAAACUGACGGUUUAUUAUGAAAAAUCAUUAAAAGCCUUAUGGUUGA